AUGCUCAGGCGAUUUAGUAUGGAAAAAGUGCACCCUGUUAGCACUCCCAUGAUCGGUCGAAGUCUGGAUGUAAAGAAAGAUCUGUUUCGCCCACGGGAAGAGGACGAAGAGGUAUUAGGAGCUGAAACUCCCUACCUAAGUGCAAUAGGCGCAUUAUUGUACUUGGACCAAUGUACUCGAUACCUAAAAGGAACCAUUGACUUGUGUUUAUUCUUUCCUUACAGUAAGACAAGAGGAUCCGCAAAUGGAAUUGAUGUUCCUAAAGAAAAUGUCGAUGACAAGAUUACUAUCCCAUACUCUAAAACCCCAAAUAAUGUUUUGGUUGGUUUCGCCGAUGCUGGGUAUCUUUUUGACCCACAUAAAGGCCAUUCCCAAACUGGUUAUGUGUCCACUAUUGGAAAAACAACGAUAUCUUGGAGAUCAACCAAGAAAACCCUUGUGGCUACCUCUUCGAACCACUCAGAGAUUAUUGCUAUACAUGAGGCGGUUCGUGAGUGCGUAUGA